AUGGAGCUGCCCUUGUCCACAGUCACCGUCCACUGCUGCAAUGAGUCCCGUCGGUGCGUCUUGGGAAUUACAGAGAACAUAGAGGCGAGAAGGAUUGAUAUCGUCUGGGAUCUUUACUCUGAUAUGUCUCUCAAGAAGCAGGUUCGGCAUGAUAGAGAACAAGGAAUACGUCGUCAAGUACAUGACAACUACAAAUUGCCAAACAAUUGGUCAAACUUUCUUAAGAAUUCUCAGAACAAGGAAGAACUGUUUAAGCUACUCGGAUGCUAUGCCCUUCAGGGGAACCUCGGUAUACAUAUAGUGACUAACAUCGGUCCGACAAUCAAAUCAUCAGUACCAACGAACACGCUGUUGACAGGGCUCAAUGUUACUUCCGAGGAGGCUGACAGCCGCAUUAUUCUACAUGCCAAGGACAUGGUGAUGAAUGGAGCAACAAAUAUAAUAAUACAUACUGUUCAUUCCGCCGUGCUCAUAAUUGCCAUAUCCUACUACUUUUGUAUGUUGUGUAUAGAUAAUAUACUGAUUAGCUUGGAAAAGUUCGUCAUCAAGCUUUACUGUGGAGACAGUGGAAUAGUUUCGGUGAAUGAAGCUCGCAAGUUUUUGUUCACAAAGAAUAAGGCUUUACAGAAUAUCCCCCCUACAAGAGAUGCUCUUAAAAUGCAUGCACUUAGGGCAGCCUACAAAGCAGGUUAUAUAUGGGGUCAAGCUUUUGACUCCUCAGCCGAUAUUCCCUCCCCAUCAAACUGGGAAUGCACUGAAAAGGAAGGACAAUGGCAGCCAAUAUGGACAACCCAGCACAGUAUCUGGGAUGUAGCGCGAGAGCUGGUAAAAUGUGGAUGUAAGAACAGCUAUAGAGGUCGUUGUUCUUGUAGACGAGAAGAAAUGCCAUGCACACUCCCAUGCAAGACCUGUAAUGGCAACUGCGAUAAUUCUAGUGUAAUAGACCGCGAAGCACUCGUCGAAAACGAUACGGAACUGGAUUCAGAGGUAUUAGAGGACGAGGGAUAG